CUGAACCAAAGACUACAUGCAAUUCUAGAAAAUUGUCACCGGUCGCCACGUCGCUUUAGCUUUUCCGAAAUAAAUAGUAGAUUUCCUGGCAAGAUGGUUUCUGUAAUCAGUACUGUGGAUACUGCUCAUGAAGAUAUGAUUCAUGAUGCUCAGAUGGACUACUAUGGCAUUAGGCUUGCAACGUGUUCAUCGGACAGAUCCGUCAAGAUCUUUGAUGUGAAGGGAGGACAACAGACACUUGUUGCCAAUCUGAGGGGUCAUGAAGGUCCAGUUUGGCAGGUGGCUUGGGCCCAUCCCAUGUACGGCAACAUCCUGGCUUCCUGCUCCUAUGAUCGGAAAGUGAUCAUCUGGAAAGAAACCAAUGGUGCUUGGGAUAAACUCUAUGAGUACGGCAACCAUGAAUCAUCAGUAAACUCUGUACAGUGGGCUCCUAGCGAGUUUGGUCUAGUCUUGGCUGCAGCCUCAUCUGAUGGAUCAGUCUCGGUCCUUACACACAAUGAUGGCAAAUGGGAUUCACAGAAGGUCAAGGAUGCUCAUGCUAUUGGUUGUAAUUCAGUGAGUUGGGCUCCAGCUGUAGAGCCUGGCUCUCUCAUUGAACCUCCCACUGGUCAGAAACCAAACCUUGUCAGACGCUUUGUGACUGGAGGAUGCGAUAAUCUUGUCAAAGUCUGGAAGGAGGAGAAUGGGGAGUGGAAGGAUGAGCAUGUACUGGAGGCACACAGUGACUGGGUACGAGACGUUGCAUGGGCGCCCUCUAUUGGUCUUCCUCACAGUGUCAUAGCAACCUGCUCACAGGACUGUAGGGUUAUCAUCUGGACCAACGAUGAAGGCACCGGCAGUACAUGGACACCCAAGAUUUUGAAUAAAUUUAGUGACGUUGUGUGGCAUGUAAGCUGGUCAGUGACUGGUAACAUUCUGGCAGUAUCAGGGGGAGAUAAUAAGGUGAGCUUAUGGAAGGAAUCCUUAGAGGGCCAGUGGGUGUGUGUAAGCGAUGUCAACAAGGGAGAAGGUCAAUCUCAAACCACCCAAUCACCGGCCAUUACAGCUACAGAGCCACAACCUGAACAAUGAAAAUAAUCGCUUUGUAGAUAAGAUCAAUAUUGUAUAAGCCAUUAUUUUCAUGAGGAAUUCAUUUGCUUGAAUUUCACAAAUCGUUGUAGGAUUGUGAAUUCAACAAGACAUAAAUAAAUGGACAAUGUAUAUGCAGAAGGAAAAAAAGAAAUUUAAAAUGAGCUUGCAUUGCAGGUGCGAACAUGUAUUGUAAGUAGCAUGUGCUGAUUACCAUAAACAGAAGAUCUAGUGUAAAUAUAUGUUUCUCCGUCAUCUGAGGAAUAGUCUAGUCAUGAAAAUAUUGGCUUAUACAGUAAUCGGUUGAGAACAAGAAGAGAUGGUUCUCAAAAGGUAUUGUCAUGAAGAUGAACAUCAAAAUUGAGGGAUAGGUUCAAUAUGGUGCUAAACCACUAAUAUGUCAUCAUAAGAUAUACACACUCGAAUGUAAUGAUGAUAAUGCACAUUCAUGGUGACUUUUAAGUGGCUUCUGUUGUAAAAAUCAUUUUAUCGUUCAAUUUGAUCACUGGUUGUAGGGAUAAGUUCAAGGUUAUAGGAUUUACAUGCUUAUUACCUUCAAAUCGAACUGACCCUCUCAAGAGGUUUAGUUGUUUGGUGAAAGUAUAAAUUUUACAUGCCACCAAGAUUAAUGGAAACCAUUACCUGGUAGUUUUCUAAUGUCGUAUGUGAUAUGAAAGAAAUCAGUGAUGGUACAUUCAUCUCAAAGAGGUUAAACCCUAGAGCUAUGACUAAAGGUUAAGAAAUUAAAUUGUUAUCUGAAACCAUGUUCAAAUCAUUGACACCACCUUUGCAGUUGUGUCAAACCUUGAGCUGCUUGAAAAAAUAAAUGCUAUUCAAUUAAUAGAAGCUUUUUCUGAAAAUACAUGUGGAUAUAAAAAAUCUAGAAGAAUUAAACUUAAAUCACUUUAAGGUAUUUCUUGGCCAUGUAAGAUGCAAAGACUGUUGAAUUUAUUACCUUCUUGUUCUCAAUCGAUGUUUUAUUAUGUCAGAGCUUAAAGGGCACUAAUGCAGUAUACAUUGUACAAACAAUAGUGCAGUUAAUGCCCUUUAGCCCUGCCAUUGAUGUCUGUUCUCUUUGUCGUUUGUCAUUUAUUCUUUGUAUUGUUCGUUUCUUUUUAUACAAUAGAAUUUCACUCUGUGUUAGAUCUUAAUAAUGCUCUACGAAAUAUAGAUUCUUUUAAAAUGUUUAAAAUAUUACAUUAUCUGUAAUGGUCCGAUAGAUCCUCAUUUAUGAUAGCCUGUCAAAUAGUCUCAGGACUCCAGACUUGGGUUGUACUCCUUCUGCCUGAUGGUAAAAUGUUAUGCUUUUGUCUUUAUGAAUUAUGUCAAGGUUGUUUCUUAUAAAGUAAAUUUGAAUACAAAUCUUCAGAUACUCUUGUAACAUAUUGUCCAAUUUUGACUACUUUUGACACUAUGGUGCCAUAUAUUCUAAAAAUGAAGACCUCAGAUGGAUUAAAGUGCUUGUAUUUAUUUAUGUAACCACAUAAUUUUUUAACAUAUUUCAAUUUCUCCUAAGCUGUUAAAGAGGUAUAAAUUAGUCAUUUAAAACCAAUAUAUUAAUGAAAGAAUUCUCAUAUUUCUUGCCAUUCACUUUUUCCUGUGGCAAAUUCAAGUUUGAGAGAAGUAUGACCUCUCAUUUGAGGUAACUUAUGCUCGUUUUUCAGCAUACAUUCCGUUUGAAUACAGUUUGAAAGUGUUUCCAACGGUGUUAAGUAUAUUUUGAAUUUAUAAUUAUGAAUUAUGAGGAGUCCUUUUAAAAUAUCAAGCAUAUAAAUAAUAAUUCAUAACAGACUUUUUGGUCUUCGUUUCUUUUUCUUUCUUCUUUGUUGCCUUUAAGAAAUAUAUUUAUGCGUCUGUAUCAGACAAUUAUGUAUAAUUCCUUUAAAUUUGCUUAAAUAUGGGAUGUAUGUUUUCCUAAAUCUCUCUAAACAUAUAUUUGUUUUUUUAGUUUCGGUUGUACACUACACUUUGUUCAUACACUGUUACUCAGUUUGGAAGAAUGAAAUUCAGGUCUCUAAAUGUUGGUGAAAAACAGCUAUAUGACAAGUAUUGCAAGUCUAUUCAUAGGAUGUGUAUUGUAUUGCCAGCUGAGUAUGAAUUGUUCCCAUAUUUCUUUGUUAUUUUGAUUUAAUUUGACCUUUCCUAGUGACCAUUAUUAAGUACAUGCAGAAUAAAUACAUAUUUGUAAAU